AUGGACGUGCAGCCAAAGCAAACCACCGGCAAACACGCCAGGUGGAAAAAGAUGAACUCGCGUUCUCUGUUCAGUGACCUGAGGAAUGACCUGACCGCAGCUGCGCUCGAGUUCGUAGGGACUGUCGUGUUCCUCAUGAUCGGCCUGGGAGGUAUCCAAGCAGCCGCAACGUCUUCCGCCCUCCUCGCAGCGGCGUCCAACACGGGCGGGGCACAAUCCGUAAAUGUUGUAGCCUCAAUCGAGCAAUUGCUCUACAUCUCCGUCUCGAUGGGUCUCGCGCUCCUAGUAGCUGUCUGGCUCUUCUACCGCGUCACAGGCGGCGUAUUCAACCCGGCAGUAGCGACCGCCCUCUUCCUAAUAGGGGCGAUCGGGCCAGUCCGGUUCAUCCUCUUCUGCCUGGCCCAGAUCGUAGGCGCCAUUGUAGCAUCCGCCAUCCUACUCGGACUGCUCCCCGGGCCGCUGGUCGUCACCCCCUCCCUAGGACCGGGCGUCAACCUAGCACAAGGCGUGUUCAUCGAGAUGUUCCUCACCAGUUUCCUAGUGUUCGCAGUGCUCAUGCUCGCGGCAGAAAAACACCGCUCGACAGCGUUCGCCCCUAUCGGUAUCGGCCUCACGCUCUUCGCGUGCCAUUUGUUUGGAGUACUGUACACCGGCGCGGGGAUGAACGCUGCCCGUGCAUUCGGGCCCGCCGUCGUCUCCGGAUUCAACCACGAGCAGUGGGUGUACUGGGUAGGCCCAUUCCUAGGUUCUCUGCUCGCGACAGGCCUAUACGCCUUCCUGAAACACAUCAAGUACUGGGAACUGAACCCAGAUCAAGACGUGGACGAUUUCGUAGGUAUUCUUCUUUCUAGAGUGAACACUCUCUGA